UUUGCGUACUGCUUAAGAGUACGUUUAUAACAUAGAGUCUAAUGUGAAGGCCCGGCUUAUAACAAGAGGACUGGGAGGGAUUCUAUAUCAAGAAAACCAAGACUAACAAAGCAUCACUUACUUGGAAGUAUAGAGGUUCGGUUCUGGAAACUAAGGGGCAAGUCCAUAUGAUAGAUUGUAUUGCUUGGUACAAAUGUGAGAUGUAUACAGCCCGACUGAGUCCAUUAAAGGACGAUGGAAACAUUGAGAGAUCAAACAUAGAAAAUCUCGUAAAAAUGAGAAUUAAUGCAGGCUUAUGGAGAUCAAUUUGGGCAGCAUGCGGACGGUAAUAAUGGGGGUGGAGGGGAUUCUGCAGAUGUAGGUAACGCAAUAGGUGAACAUGACGCAAUAGGUGAACAUGACGCAAUAGAUGAACAUGACGCAACAGGUGAACAUGAUAAUGUAGGCGAACAUGACAAUGAUGUAGGUCAAGAUGAAGAGUCAGUAACACUCGAUGACACACCUACUAUGCGAGCACUACCAACUACGAAAAUAUGCACCGCACCCGCCGGACCACAGACAACAACCAACAUACACACUGCACCCGUCAAACCACAGACAACAUCCAACAUACCUACUGCACCCGUUGAACCACAGACAACAACCAACAUACAUACCAUACCCGACGACCCGCAGGUACUGCCGGGUCCGCCAGUGUAUAAUAGGACCAAGCAUUACUUACCAAUUGGUGUAUCUGAUACUUACAAUUCUCCACAUUCAAUACCUCUACCGUAUGACAAUGGGCUGGAUACAUUCAAAAGCAUACCACAAUACCAACAUGUGUUUGCUCCACAGUACGCAACAAAUCAUCAGCAAACAGCACCCUACAUCCCACAUCCAAUGGGAUCGCAGUUUGUUCGGCAAUGAUCUCAAUACAUAACUAACAACAAUAAUAUACACAAUCAGUAUGGUGGGCAGGAAGCCUAUGACUACACUCAGCAGAGACACGAUAGAUAUUAAAGAUGUAAAUCAGACAAUUUGAAAACUUGUAAAUAUGAAAAAAAAAC